AUGAAGAGCUACGUGGUGAAAUGGCGACUCUGGAUUUACAGGGGGUCCAUAGCUAUUGCUAUGGUUUUUCUCGUGGGCUUCUCAAUCGUGCUACCAAUUGAUUGUAUCGCUCAAGCUGCCGAGUCUUUCAACAAUGCGUGGAAUACUUUCAUUGUUGUGGGAGCAUUGGUCGCCUUUGCAGUCGCUUGUGUUAUUAUAAUCGUUGCAAGAAUCAUAUUUUACAGGAGUUGCAAACAGCACAUACCGAGGUGGUACUUGCCCUUUGCGCCAGGCGAUCUUCCGCACCGGGGGAGUCGGAAGUUGGUCUUGACAAACAUGGAGAGGUCUAGAGAACUAAGCACUUUGUUCAAGCGACCUAAAGAUCCUGUUAUACACGCUGGUAUGGAGCCUCCAAUACGAUGCGAUGAUAAGGCGUAUGAAAAGUUGUUUCCCGAAUAUUUAAACUACGCAAGUUGUAUCAAGGUCGUUGCUGAUAGACUGAAAUAUCAAGGUAUUUUUCUCAAUAAUGCGGAUUUGAAGAUGGGAUUGGAUGAAACAUUUUCCGAUGUAGUGAGAAACCAGUUUAUGGAUACGGAAGAUAAGUUCCAAAUGGAAAAUGCUCAAAAGCUCAUUGAUAUUUACGAAAUGAUGCGGUAUUCCAACGAAGAAGUAACUAGAUCCCAAUUUGUCGAUUUCGUAUCGCUGGCGAUAUAUUUUGUGGAUAUUUCGCUGACGAUGGAUAAGAAAUUGCCCCAUUUGAAACAGAUUAACACCACAUCGCGACUUCAGUUUAACGUUGAUGACGAAGAUUGGGAAAGGAAGAUUUCAAGGACCCCUACUGGCUACUUCAAUAAUGAGUCCGACAAAUUCGAUUACGUGCCAUACGCGGAUUCUUCAUCGGUCUUGAGAAGGACUUUUACCGGCCGGUCUUUUAUCAAACCGACGUCCACUAGCUCUCAUUCUGGUCAUUGA